AUGGGCUGUACGGGCAGCAAAGCAACGUCGGCGAAAAAGCCGGCAUCGCCAGAUGAGGUGAAAAAUGAGGUUGACCAGCGACAAGCAUCGCAGGCCCAGUUAGCAGCAUCCGCUACGAAGACUGGUCUGGGUGCGACGGCAGAUGGAGCGGCGGCAGACGCGGGGAACGGCGGUAAGAACGCUACGUCACGGACAACCUCAGGCGCGGCGGAGCGCGCAGCAUCGGGUGUACGAGGGUCGCCAGAUAGCUCUACCAAGAGCGGUCAUAUUGACAUAAAUGAAAAUCCAUUGGAGGGGAUUCAACUGGAACCACCAGAGGAUUGUGAACCGGUUAUGAUGAAGAACGGCGUAGUCUACAGGGGCGAAUGGCGGAACGGAAAACAACAUGGUAGAGGCCAGCAGAAGCAGGCAGACGGUGUUGUCUAUAUCGGUCAAUUUUGCGACGGCCGAAUUGAAGGUUUUGGCUGUCUUGAACGGCCAGACGGCAGCAAGUACGAAGGAGAGUUCCUGCAAGGCAAGGCGCAUACCAAGACUCGAAACGGCAAAUACACUUUUGCCGAUGGCAGCAUCUACGUUGGGCAGUGGGUUGGCGAUAAGCGACAUGGGAUUGGACGAGAAGUUACUCAAGAUGGUAGUCUGUAUGAAGGCGAGUACAAGAACGGUUGCAAGCACGGACAUGGUCGUAUGCAGUCGCCGUCUGGCGACGUAUACGAAGGGGAGUUUAGCAAGGGAGAUAUGAACGGACAAGGCAAAUACUGCUGGCCCGAUGGUCGUAUCUACGAAGGGCAGUGGUCUAUGAGCCGCAUGCACGGACACGGAGUGUUCUGGUUUGUCGAUGGCCGCAAAUAUGAGGGACAAUUCAAGGACAGCAAAAUGGAGGGAGAGGGAAAACUGACAUGGCCGGAUGGAAGCUCUUACCAAGGAGGCUUCAAGGCGGGUCUGCCGAAUGGACGAGGAACCCACCAGGCAGCUGCUGAUACGAAGCCCAGACUAGCACUGUGGAAUCAAGGUGUGAGGGUAAAAUGGCUCGAUGAUGAGGAAGCGAAGCCAGAGGGAACAUCGCAACCAGAGGGCGAAGGAAAGGCUGAAGGACCGGCGCCGGAUUCCGAAAAAUAG